AUGGUCAGAGACCGUCUUGACGGAACAGUAGUACAGAACCGAAACCAGAACCACGCAGCCGAGGAGCAGAGGCAGAGUCCCAGCUCAGAGGAAGCAGCCGCACCGGAGAAACCCCAGAGCUCAGAAAAGGUUAAAGCAGAGAGCCAGGAGCCCCCGGAGAGGCAGCUGAACGUUCUGCUCUGGGACAAACCGAACCAUGAGGAGAACCCUGCCUCCUGGAGCGCGCCACUGACCGGCGCCACUGUGAACAGCUGGCCCUCACACCUCCCUUCAUUUAGCAGCAGAGCCGAAUAUCAACUGGUGAAACACACCUACCAGCAGCUCCAGCACAGUGGUUAUUACUGGGGACCAAUGACCAUGGAGGAAGCUCAUGAAAUGCUCUCACACACAUCACUGGGAACUUUUCUCCUCAGGGACAGCGGUCAGCUGGAUGUGUUCUUCACUCUGAGCUAUCAAAGCGAAGACGGCCCGACGAGCGUCCGUAUCCAGCUGAACGACCUGCUCUUCAAUCUGUACGGCAGCCACAGGACUUUUGCCUCACUCUUCGCUCUGCUAGCUUUUUACACCAGCUCUUCUUGCAAGCUGACGGAGCCGUACCGCAGGCAGCGCCCAGAGCGCCUGACGCAGCUGUGCAGGAGAGCAUUUAUACGCACAUACGGGGCAGAAGAUAUAAACACCUUCCCUGGACUGGACACUCAACUUAAAGCCUACGUGUGUGCAUACCCUCACAGUAUAUAG